UGUUGAAUAAUCCAGUGUCAACAAAUUGUGACCAUCCAUUCUGCAGGUUUUGUAUUUUAGAGUUUUUAGAAAAGAAGAGGUCUGUGCCUUGUCCACUGUGUAAAGCUCCUAUCACUAAAAGGAGCUUGAAUGAAAGACCACAGUUAAACAGUAUGGUGGAAGGUGUGAGAAGCUUGAUCCAAGCUUUUCAAGAAGACACAGGGGCUAUCUUUUCUCCUCCUAGAGGGCUUCCGUCAAUGAACCUUACUCCAUGUACACCAGAGCCAUUACCAUGCAAAGCAGCAAGGGGCACUAAGAGGAAAAUAAUUGUAGAUUCACCUAAGAGAACAGAGAAUAAACAGAAUUGUAGGCAAAGUAAAAGAAGAAAGUCUCUCAAAAUUCCUGAACAUGAAAAGACAAUUGCAGAAACAAGCAGCAAGAUUUUGGCCAUUGAAGAUCAAUGUGAUUUAUUAAAGUAUCUUGACCAGGGAUCUUGUGGGGCUGAAAGUGGUAAUUCUGAAGAAAAAACACAGAAUCUUGAAACAUCAGCAAAACAGUUAACAUAUGAAUUAAGAAAAAAUAAUGUGAAAAUAGUCAAACAAAAUGUCUUACUUAAAGAUAUUACUGAAUCAAAGAAUGAUGUCACAAAAUGUGGUAGAAUACUUACAGACAAGGAAAAAAUUGUGUCCUCAGAAACAUUGAAUAGAUAUGUAGAUACAAGCAAGACAAAGGAAGUUGAUUUAGUUUAUGAAAAACAGAAAGUACCAAGGGGUUACAGUUUAAGGAGUCCCAAAAGAGUAAAUUAUAAUGUUGAAAGUCAAGGCAAAGACAGUCUUUGUCCAACAAGCAAAAGUAAUCUAUAUAAUUUCAGUGACUCGCCUGUAACACCUGUGCAUUUAUUAAGACAUCAAAGGGACAAUUUACAGGUAAAACAAGGUUCUCAAUUAAAAAUGGAAGAUAAUGGCUUUAAACAUGUUAAAAGUACUAACAAUAGCUUAAAUGACACUCGAAUCAGAACUGAAAGAGUUGAAGCAAGAAAAGGAAAAGAAUUGACAAUUGGAAACAACAGAAUUGAUUCUACUUUAUCAGUUCAAAAGAAUAGUCAGACUGACGCAAGUCAAGAUCAGGCAUCUCCAGAUUUCCAACAUAAGGAAAGACAGCUGUUUACAGAUAAAACAUAUAGAAGGCAGAAAAAUAAUGCCAAUGCAGAUAAAACAUAUAAAAGGGAGAGAAAUAAGGCAAGUGAUAUCCAAAUAUAUUCUAAGGUUAAUUCAUGGUUAACAGAUAAUCCUGUUAGCCAAAAUAGUGGCAAUAGGGAGGUUAAUUUACUACACGGAAUGGUAGAGAACAUUGAUGUUCCAAUUGAAAUUGAGGAGGAUGUAGAUAAACAAAAUCCUGUAUUAGAAGUAUUGAACGAGAAAGAGAAUGAUAAGAAAAAUAGUCUAAAAGGGAAUAAGGAAAAUUUCUCAGAAGAAAAUAGUGCAGAAGUUAAAGGAACCUCUGUCAUCACAUCAGAAGAUGAAAUUAAUAUGAUUGACACAAUUGAAAUAGAUGCUGUAGAUUUUAACAACUUAGGAAUCAGACCUUUAGCUUCACAAAAGAGAAGAAUUUUCAAAUCUAAGCCAACAACCCAAACCACCUCAGUUUGUCAGAAAAAAGGUGUGCUCGUAAUAAAGAAAGUUUCUCCAACAGGGAACACUGCCUCUAAAUCAACACACCAAAACAAUGUUUCUGUUGAGAAAGAGGCUGUCAUUGAUCCAUUUGAAUUCAAAUCCAGCCAGAAAACACCUGUUAUUCCAGAAUCCAAGAAAAUUAAACAUGUCAAGAAACAGAAAAAAGAUAGAAUGAAAGGGAAACUAGAUUUUAUGAGUGGGAAUACUACAAAUAUAAAACAGAAGGAAUCCAUUGAUAUUAGUGAUGACCAGCAUAUACAAACAGAGAAUAUGGCUAAAAUCACAAAAGAAACUAAUUCAACUGACCAAUGCAGCUUAAUGGAAGAUACUGAAAAACACAAUGGAAGGAAACAGAGUGAUAUUUUGCCAGAAAAUACAACACCUGUACAAACUGCACAGGUAGUUAAAAGCCUAAACUCAAAUAAAACGGAUACUAAUAGUGAGUUGAACAUAAUGCCAGGUAGUCUUGACGAUUCUACACAUUUAGGAAAAAGUAAGAAGGGAGCAAGAUUAUCAAAUAAAUUAAAGAAGAAGAAACAGGAAGAAGAGACUAAUAAAAAGAAUAUUAAAAAGUUGAUUGAGACAAUAAAUUCAGCAGAAGAUGAGGAUUUGUUGACAUGCACUCAAGAAGUUUUACAGCAAAUGGAUUGGAGGGAGGAUUCUAACAAAGCAUCAUCAGAAGAUAUAAUUCCAGAUACUGCAAACAUGCAGAUUUCAUUGAAACGGAGGAAAUCCGUUUCAUUUGCAUCAAAUAAUAUAGAAAUCAGUGGAACACCUCGUCAGACAAGAAGGUCCGUGCCUAUGGUGGUGGAUAAGAACAAAGGUAGACUGCUUCCAAAGGAGACCAGGGGAAAAAAUGUUCAGAAUGGCAAGCAGAAUUUGUCUGCAUCAAGUCGGGUUCAAGUAAUAAAGCAGAAGAAACAAGAAAUCAUGGCUGAGAAAACCAAGAAGCCUUUUGUAUGGGAGGAAAAAGAUAACGACUCCGAUGGCAGUACCAGUACUGAGGACCUUGACAUUCAUCCAAGUCAAGAGGAGUUUGAGCUGCCAUAUCAUGAUGUUCAGUCACAGGAAAUAAGUAGAAUUAUAGAAAAUAAAAAAGAUCCAACACAAGGGAUUCCUGAACCUCAGAAAGAUCCAACACAGGGGAUUCCUGAACAUCAGAAAGAUCCAACACAGGGGAUUCCUGAACCUCAGAAAGAUCCAACACAGGGGAUUCCUGAACCUCAGAAAGAUCCAACACAGGGGAUUCCUGAACCUCAGAAAGAUCCAACACAGGGGAUUCCUGAACAUCAGAAAGAUUCAACACAGGGGAUACCUGCAUCUCAGAAAGAUCCAACACAGGGGAUUCCUGAACCUCAGAAACAUGCUGUAGUAGAUGAAUGUAGAUAUGGACAGAUUGAAAGUCAAAAUCUUUCAAAGGAUACCAAGGUCAGAAAAAAUGAACAUUUGUCACCAAAUAGGUCGCAGCUUGUGGAAAAUUUAUCAGAAAAUACAGAUGAAAGUGUUCCAAUAAUUGAUAGAAAUAUUUAUGUUGAGAAUACACAAGAAAAUGUUGAUGGAAUGCAGCUUGAAAAUGAGAUAGAAACAAUGGAAGUCCAGGUUAUACCAGAAAGUGUUGAUGAUAUUAUAAUGGAUGCUAAACUUGAACCUGAACCUGCUGAAAUGUUACCACCAAGUCAAAAUCAAAGUUCACAAAAUAAUGGAAUGCACAGUGAAGAUCAGAAACUGAAUUAUGAAAAAGUAUUAACAAAGCAAAAGCAGAAAAAAAAUAUGUACCAAAGUCUCAAUGUUACAGAAAAUAAUAAAUCACCAGAAAUUAGCAGUCAGUCAACUGUAUCAACUGUUAACGAAACUGUAGACUCUGAUGUUCCAGUGAGGAAAAGCAGGAGUAAAUUGAGAUCCAGGAAAGUAAAAAGUCAAUGUAGUGAUGCUUCUAACUGUCCUAUAGAAAUUCAAUCUGUUGUGGAGGAGACACCUGUUUCAAAUAAUUGCCAAUCACAAUUGAAAAAUGUGGAUACUCUUAGUGACACAACAUCACAACAAAGUGUUUCUAUACUUCUUCCUCUAGGAAAGGGGGAUAACUUCAAUCCUACAGGAAGCUCUGAAAGUGGUGAAACUGUAGACCAAACAAACAUAAAAAGUCAUAUAAAAAAAACUGAGAAAAACUCAUAUUCAAAUGAAAUAGACAUUGAUAGCUGUAUUGAAAUGAUUCCAGCAACAGAAUCUGAUUCAAUGAUGAGUUUAUCUGACCAUACAAUCAAAUCAGGAAAACAUCAAUCACAAUCAAGUAGCUCAGCAAGUCAGAAAAGAAGGAUUUCCACCAGAAAUAGUGAAGUAAAAUCGAGGAAGAUGCAAGAAAUAUUUCCUGAUUCUGAUGUUGAAAUAAUAAGCCAACCACAUAUCCCUGCCCAUUUGAUGGGAACACCUAUAGUUUUAUCAGGCACACAGACCUGUAACGAAGAAGCUUUGGAAGGUAAAGUUAGCCUUGAGAGAAAGUCUGCAGAAAAGAAUUGCAGUAAUAAUGUUGAAAAAGUCCUUAUGACGGUGGAUUCAAGAGGAGACAGCAGUACUUGUGAAUUUGAACAUGUAGAUCAAAAUAAAAGUGAGGAAAAAGUCAAAGAAAAAGAAAUUCAACAAGGAUAUUUAAACCUAGAUACAGAUGAUACAUUACCUCCAACCCUUGUAUCACAGAAAUCUCUUAAUAUUAGAAAUUCUGCUGAAAAGAAGAGGAGAUCUGAAGAGAGACAAUUGGCAUAUCAAGAGACAAAAGAAGGCAGAACAGCUAAAAAUAAGUUGGAGACUACAGAAAGUUGUUCUCCUGAGGACAUUUUUAUGAUGGAUUCUGAGAUACAGAGCAACUAUUCUCCGUCCUUACCUCAGAAUCAAGAAGGACUUAUUUGUUUGGACUUAGAACCAUCAGAAGUGCUAACCUCAAACUUGAUUGUUGAACGAGCUAGUCAAAAAUCUCUUUGGAAAAAAAAUCAAGGUACCCAAGAAACAGAAAAUAUUAACAAAACUGGUCAGUUUGAAGAUAAAAUUGUUGUUAAACCAUUAGAAAACAUUGAUAAAAAGAAAAAUGACCUUUUAACACCACAACCUGAAUCUUUGCAGAUUAUAAGUUAUAUUGAUAAGGAAUCAAUUAAUCAAGGAAAUAAAUUGCAGAACCAUUUGUCAGUCCCAGAUAAACAUAUAUUAAGUCCUGAAAAAGUGAAAACUUGUAAAGGAAAAAGAACUGUAAGAGGACUUGCUAGAAAGAGGAAAAGAUUAAACCAACAGAAUAACACCUUCAGUGAGUCAGCCUCAGAAGAUUUAGAUAAACAAAAAGACCUGAAUGAAAGUAAUAAUGAAAUAAGUGAUAGAAUCAAAGAUCAAACUCUUACAUCAAAGAGAAUCUGCAGUUCACCAAAAAAGUUAGAAACUACCAGUCCUUAUAGAAAUGUAAUAAAGAGUCCUUUCAGUUCUCAUACAGACGAGAAGCAUACUGAAUUAACACCUACCAAAAAAGAAACAAUGACAGCACAAGAAAACAUUCCUAAAGCUCACAAGAUUUCUCCUACCUUUACAUUUUCUCCAAAAAAGCCUAAGAAAGCCAAAGCUGUGAAACUAAGUGUGGGAACACAAAGAUUAAGUCAAAAAACAGAGUUACAAGGUCAAAAUAUAGAGAAUGAUACCGAUGUCAUAGUACAUGUAAAACUAAACAAAUUUGAAAGAUUAUUGAGAGACAACAUUGCUGACACUGAAAUAUCAGAGGAGGAGGAGGAUGAAAUAAUUCGUCAGGAUAAAUUGAAUUUCUCUGAUGAUUUGACUUUAUUGGAAGAUGAUAUUGGUGACAAAAGUAAAACUCUUACAUUGGAUUUGAAAAACCAAGAAUACCUAUCUAGAAAAACUAAACCAUUUAAAGAUCAAGAAACUUCUAGUUUGGUGCUAGAGAUUGAUAAUAUCCCAGAUUCUUCAACUCCAUUAACAGGGAAAAAAAUCUCGAGUCAAGUGAAGCUAAACAGAUCCGGUCAAAAUUUAAAAAUGAAGAAAUAUGAGGAGAGGAAAAGUGUACCAGAUAGUGAUCAUGUUGAGUAUGAUGUAGAUAUAGAAGCCAGUUCACCAUUACCAGAUAUCAUUGGAAAGGACCAGUACAAUGAUAACCAUCAAGAUUUUUCAAGUGACUCUGAAGAUGCAGUGCUGAUAAAAUCUUAUCGUACAGUGCAUGUUUUUGAUGGGGAAUCUAAACAAUCAAAGCCUUUCAGUGAUAUUGAAGUGAAGGACAGACUGGACCUAGAUGAUGUCCUGGAAGUUGACACAGUUGAACCUCCUGAUGAAGAUCAGAUGUCUGAUGAUGAUGAUGUUAAAGUUGUUAGAGUUAAGAAGAAAAGAAGAAGAAUAGUUGAGGAUGAUAGUGACUCAUCUAAUGCUUCAGAAGAUAGUGUCACAAGUCGUCAUCUCAAUAACACCUCCUCUUCAGCAUUCUCAAGUCAAAGUGAACCUAUCAAUUCACAGCAAAGAAACAAAUUGGAGAGUGAUUUAGAAAGAAUGCGGAGAGAAAUGCAAGAAAUAGAAACCCAGCUGGCUGCUGAUAAUGCUACUAACAGCACAAGAAUAGAGAGAGAAGAUGCAAGCACAGAGAAAACAAAUAAGUUGAAUUUCAGUGAUAUUGGUGAGCCAAAUGAACGACCAGAUUCUCGGAACAGUGAUGUAAUUCAGGAAUACCAAUCAGAUGAGGAACUAUUCCUUAGUCCCCACCCACCAUCUCCCCCUCCUUUGUCACCCCAACAAAUUGAAAUUAUAGAGGAAACUGACUUUACAACAGAAUUUCGGAAACAUGGCCUUGAACUCUUACCUGUAGAAUCAAGCCAUGAAAAAAAGAAAAGAUCUAAGGUAGAAAUAGAAGGUAUAGAAGACAAAGAGCUAACAUCACCAAGACGAAGUACCAGAUCAGAUAUUGACCAGAAGCAUUUAUCUGUAAUAGACCAAGUGAAUAAUGAGAAUAUACCUUCUCAAAUUAAGUCAUCACCAUGGAAAAAUCAGUUAGCACAAAUUUCAACAGAUAAUAUUACAUCAAAGCCAUCUAAACUGUUAUAUUCUCCCUUAGAUCAGAGAUCUCCUCAACUAUCACCUGCUAUGGAGAGAAAAAGGCAGAAGAUUUUGUCUCCAUUGGUUACAAAUACUGUUGAAACAAAAAGGCUGAAGAGAUGCUUUGUUUCAACUGGAUUAGUUUUACCUCAGAUGAAAGAACUACAAAAGCUAGCAGUUUUAAAUCAGUGUCAGUUUUGUACAAAGUUUAGUAAAGAUGUUACACAUGUCAUAGUUAAGACUGAACCCAUUGGCAGUCGUGUAUGUGACAGAACAUUAAAGUUUUUUAAGGGGAUAUCUCAAGGUUGUUGGAUUUUAGAUUAUGAAUGGGUUGUUCAUUCAAGAGCUGCUGGUAAUCUAUUGCCAGAGGCUGAUUAUGAAAUCAAAGGGGAUACUGUGACAGAUGACUUUCACUUUGGCCCAAUGAAAUCAAGACAGAGUACAUCUGGUCCAUUGUUUGAUAACAUGCAGUUCUUGGUUGUAGGAGAUAGUAAAGGUUUACAAAAAGAUGAUUUGAAGAGUUUAUUAAUAUCAUGUGGAGGCCAGGUUAAGUGUAACAUAGAAGAUAUAACAGAUCAGCAACACUCUGUUGUGAUCACAUGUUCAGAUUAUGAUAAUGAUUCUGACGAUGAAGAUAGUCCUUCUCCAGAUGAACUCAAACUUUUUAAAGAGUUUUAUGUUCACCAUGGCUUACUGUCUAUUUCGAGAGAGUGGGCCUUGGAUAGUCUUACAGUGUAUAACCUGCAGCCAGUAACUGACUAUAUAUUGACUCCUGGUAAAAUUAGUAAAAAUGCUAUACCAAACUUUGUUAGAGGAUAACUUCCAUGAUUGGUGUAAUACAAUGUUGUAGUAGUUUGUAUCUGAUAAUUAUAUACUAUCUUUGUAAAAUUAAAAUAUAUAAUUGAACAAAAGAAAGUCUGAAGUUAUUUUAAAUGUUAAACCUAUGAUAUGGAGUAAUCAAUUGAUGUUAUGCUUUAUCUGCAUCCAUAGACUGCCAUGUUAUAUACUUACCUAUAAUGGACAAUAUUUUUAAAGUGCUAUAGGAUAACAUAUGAGGUGAAAUUUAUUAUUUUUAUGGACAGAUUUACAAUAUCAAAUGUGAUAGUAGGCACAUGUUUAUUAAAUAUACAAUCACACUGCAUGACUAUAUGAGAAGAUCUCAAAACCAUAGAAGUAUUCUAUUGACAGGAACUACACCUAUUUAUUAUCACUUUCUAAAAACCUGGGGAUCUCUGAAGAAAAUAAACAGAAAUAUUCUAAUUGGUAUGUCAUUGUAAAAAGUCUUUUGUGACCAACUGCCCAGUGACGCUUCUUAUCAGUCACAUAGUUUUUUACGAGUUAGGAUGAUACCAAUGCCUGUCAGAAAACACCUAUAUGUAUUUCAAGUGUAUCCAUGCACAUAUAGUCUUUAACAAAUUAUCAAAGCAAAUCAAUUGUGCAAAAAACUUGGAAAGCAGACCAGAUUAUAAAUAUGUGACAAGAUUUUUAAUACUGCGCCGCUUUAAAGUUGACGGUAUAUAGUGAUAGUGUAGUUGUUCUGUCUGUUCGUUUAUUUGUCCUUCUGGCCAUUCUAAAGGCAUCUUUUGAAUUCACAACUGCUCCUGAACAGCUUAACAUGAUUUUUUUUUUAACUUUCACAGAAACUUACUCACAUGAUGUUUAUGUACUUUUGCAUCUUCUAUUCAUUUCUUCUUCUUAAUAACUUCUUCCUAUCUUUACACAAAGUACAUAGUGUAACCUCUACACCAUAUUAAACCAGAAUCAUGAUUUAAUAGAACUUUCUCAGAAAGGUAACUAUAUAAUGCCAAUUAUUUUUAGGGUUUCCCUUACCAUAGCAUGGACUUUGUCAUUGCCUUAUUUGGGGUACUUAUUUUGUUUCCACAAGUACUAAGAUCCUUAUUACAAUUUAUUUUGCUUCAAGAUGUCUCAUACAAAGAUGUUAAUUUGGGUAAAAUAUCUUUCCAGGUAAAGAUUUGGCUCAUGAAUAAUUUUACUAAAAACUGUUUGAAAGGUGGCUUUUAAUAGCACGUCCAAAUUUUGACGGGACGUAUUAUGGUACACAAAUGUCGUCUGUCCGUCUGUCUGUCCGGCGUAAACAUGUCGCACCGUAACUUGAGAAUGACUUAUCCAAAUUUCAUGAAACUUAACAUAGUUGUUUCUUAUGAUGGUCAAACGAUCUGUAUACUUUUUGGUGAAAAUAAGAUUAAAACUUUUUGAGUUACGGGACUUAGUAACUAAAACAGGUGUGUGUUUUUUUUUCACAUGUCACGCCAUAUCUCAAAAACAAUUUAUGAUUGUUGCUUAAAACUUUACACAGUUCUUAGUUAUAUUAAUCUUAAGAUCUGUAUACUUUUUGGUGAUGAUUCAAAAUUUCAUUUUUGAGUUAUUGAGUAUUUUGUAAAAAAAGGGGGAGGGGU